GCAUCACUGCUGGGCACUGACUGGCACAACCGCUGGGCACUGACUGGUGGCACUGACUGGCAGCACUGCUGGACUGCACUGGUGGGUGGCACUGGUGGGCAGCACUGGUGGGUGGGCACAGGUGGGUGGCACUGGUGGGCACAGGUGGGUGGCACUGGUGGGCACAGGUGGGUGGGCACAGGUGGGUGGCACUGCUGGGCACAGGUAGGUGGCACUUCUGGGCACAGGUGUGUGACACUGCAGAGUGGCACAGAUGGGCAGAGCUAGUGGGCGCACUGCUGGGCACAGGUGGGCGGAACUUGUGGGUGGCACUGCUGG